CGAGUUUUAUCCGAGGAGCUGCAGGGGAUGUAGGAGAGGAAAUCUGCGUUCAUUUUUCACGCUGACAAGAAACUUUACCCCUCAAGGUGAAGACUCCUGCAACAUGGACGGCUUUUAUGACCAGCAGGUCCCCUUUGUGGUCCCAGAGAGUGAAUGUCACGUCGAGGGAGCAGAGAGAUGUCUCAGCGACCGGAAAAGAAAGUUCAUGGACACGGAGCUGGAUCAGGACACAGAAGAACUCUUCCAAGAUCUGAUCCAGCUCCAGGAAAUCUGGAUCGCAGAAGCUCAGGUUCCUGAUGACGAGCAGUUUGUCCCAGAUUUCCAGUCCAAUAACCUGAUGCUUCAUGGACCGCCUGUCAGCAAAGUGAAGAGAGAGCCCAGUCCGUCCAAAGACCUGUCCCCCUGCGGGACGCCUCACGCUGACAUGUGCCUUUACAGCUACAGUGCCUGCACCAACAAGCCAGCUGGGCUCAAAGCUCUGACUCCAGCCUCCACACCGGGACCAUGUGGCUCCAGCCAUCCUGCUGGGCCUCCACCUGUACAGAGGCAGCUCCAACCUUCUGCCCCCCUGCUGACCAACACCUGCCCCCCGAGCCACGCCCCCACCCUAAGCCCCUCCCACCACCGCCGCCUCCCACAGGCCAAUCAGAGCCAGCCGUUCGCUCUGCCACGCCCCCCCGUCAGCUGCCACAGCGCCUCUUUCACCACUGAACAGAGGUUCCAGAGGCAGCUGUCCGAGCCCUGUUUGUCCUUCCUCCCUCCGGAGAAAACGACAAACUCGCCGUACCAACACUCAGGUUGUGACGGGCGGCCGCUCUACCAGCGCCACCUCUCGGAGCCCCUGGUUCCACACGGCCCCCGAGGUUUCAAACAGGAGCUGGUGGACCCUCGAUACCCAGAGCCGGGGCCGCCUGGUCCAGGUCUGGCCCGGAACCAGAACGCCUUCAACCACGUCACCAUCAAACAAGAGCCCAGAGACUUCGGCUUUGACUCGGAGGUUCAAACCUGCCAGUCAUCGUUUGGAAAGUCUUCAGUCUUACAGUACCACAAUAACAAUGUUGGGUUUGGUCAUGACAGAGAGCCACAUUUAUAUUAUGACGACACUUGUGUUGUGCCAGAAAGACUGGAAGGGAAGGUGAAGCAGGAGGGUUUGCCGUACCAGCGCCGCGGCUCCCUGCAGCUCUGGCAGUUCCUGCUCACGCUGCUGGACAACCCGGCCAACGGACACCUGAUCGUCUGGACGGGACGCAACAUGGAGUUCAAACUCAUCGAUCCUGAGGAGGUGGCUCGGCUCUGGGGUCUCCAGAAGAACCGACCGGCCAUGAACUACGACAAGCUGAGCCGCUCGCUGAGGUACUACUACGAGAAGGGCAUCAUGCAGAAGGUGGCUGGGGAAAGGUACGUCUACAAGUUUGUAUGCAACCCCGAGGCGCUCUUCUCCAUGGCUUUCCCCGACAACCAGAGGCCGAGUCUGAAGGCCGACCCGGACGCGGCGCUGCCUCCCAGCGAGGAGGAGGAGGGGCCGUACCUGGCGGAGGGGGGGGAGGCGUGUGCUCAGGGACUGGCUUUCCCUGACACCUACCCCUACUAGAUCCACAGCCUGGCAGCUGGAGGAACCUUAAUAUUGCAAACAGGAGAACCUUAAUUACUGAGCAGUGUUUCAGAUUUAUAACAUGUAUACCCGUUAUGUACGUCACAGAAAGGAUGAAUUUAUCAGAGAAUAUUUUUAUUGUCUCUUUUGCCAAAAGCUUUCGGUUGAAGCUGAAAAUCAGAGAAGCAAAAAUACACAUUUUUAUCCAAAACUAUUGAUUAGUUCUGAUUUGGUUUUAUUUGUUACAGUUCACUAAAAUUGUAUUUUGUAUGAUUUCAUGUGACAAUGAAUUCAUUUGGGCCACUUUUAGCACACAAAAAAACGCAGAAAAUGUUUGGGAUUUUCUUAAUAAAGUUGUAAUAUUUUGAGAAAAAAUGCAUUUUUUUUUCAAAAAUGUUAUAUUAUUACAGGAAAAGUCUGUAAUUUUUGAGAAAUGUUUUACUAUGACUUGAAAAUGUCAUAAUUGGUCAUAUAGUAAUAAUUUAAAAUUGAAAGUUGUAAUUUGACAAACAAGCUAACAGACUUUUUUUUUGUUUCAAUAAUUAAAAAUGGAUAUUCUCAAAAUAUUACAUCUUAAAUUAAAGUUUUAGGCUCGUAACAUUACCACAUUUUCUUAUUAUUAAAAUACUUCCCCGCCACAGUGAUGUCACAACCUGCUGGGUUGUAGAUUUGUAGCAGUAGUACGUGAACUCUGGAUUUCAACCAAAAAGUAUCUCAAAACCAUGGGCACUCUUACUAAUUUACUUCUAAUUGUUUUGUUUUUUGGGGGGGUAAAUUUAUACUGCUUGAAAGGGACACUCUUAUAUUUGCCAGAUGUUGUAGUCCUCCUAUUAUAUAUAUAUAUUGAAAUGUUUUUGUGUACUUUUUCUUGUUUUCAAAGCUAAUAUUUUUGGCAUUAUAUGGACUUGUAAUUUUUUCCUAAACUGUUUUAUGACAAAGGUACUGCUACUAUUUUUGCCGAUAAAAAUAAUAAGUAUGGUCUUUCUUACAACUGGCUCACCAGGUAUUGAACUGAGAUAGCUUUCUGCAUUUUGUAUAGCUGAUUUGCUUCAAUGUGUAGAAAAGGUGUAUAAUUAUAUAUGAAUAUAUUUUUGCAAAAGGCUGCAUUUGCUUGACGUUGUAAUAUGAGCUGCCAAGUUUCGCCUGCUAAUGUAUUGCUUCAAACCCAGCCUCAAGUUGAGUCCUGCAGAUAGAUAUUGGAUAUAAUUGUAUAUUUUACUACGUAUAUGAUCACAAUGUGGUGUUGGUGGAGGAGGUGUGUGACGGAGGCUGGAGAAAGAUCCUGACACUGGUGUGACGUCUAUCCUCAGAUACUGUUUGUGUGCCUUCUGUUCAUCUUCACUGAUACAAUAAACUAUUUUACUCUUUU